CAAAUAUUGAAGCGGCUGAUUCGUCGGCUGUGCUACACGUGAAACUUAAUUGAAUUGCUUGUUAUACAUUAUGAACACUGAAGAGGGUAGAUUAAAUGCAUACAAAGAAAAAACUAAAGUCGACGGUGAAGAGUUGGUGCGUAAUGUCUUUCCAAAACGUGUAUUUGAAAUGGAAGAUAUACUAGCUUCGGACAUGUUUUUUCUCGAAGGAAAGCAUAUCCAUUCUGAUGUGAAUAUACCUUAUCCUAUUAAUUCACAUAACUCAUUAAAUUCUGGUGAUGAUAUGGAUUCUGCUUUAAUCAAUGAUACAGAUAAGCUGAUCAAUGAUAAACAACAAUUUCCUAGUAAAGGUUCUUUUGUCUACACUUUACCGAAUGGUUAUGUGUCAUAUAAUAAACAUAUCAAAGCAAUGAUAGAGAAAACUAAACCAUGUUUAACUCAACUUAUGAUUGAAGCUCAACUUGUUCGUUUAUGGGUUCAAUUUAAUAUACCACGAAUUGAAGAUGGAAAUAAUUUUGGUGUAGGAAUACAAGAAGAGAUUUUAGGUGAAGCUUCCGGGAUUGAAAGAGACGCUUGUACUUUCUUGGAUCAGGUCACAAGGUUUGUAUAUCCUUAUUUGUUUUGCAAUCCCCCCAAUAUAUAUGCAUAAUUGAAGUGGUUUUGUGGAGAUUAGUUUAAUUUGUAGGUAAUAUUCCUUAUAAGUUGAUUUUAGUUGGGGUGCUGUUGAAAAAAGGGGUAAAGACCAUCUGUUUUGGGCUUCUCGACAGUGUGCAUCUGCGACCUCACAAGGAUCAAACCCAGGAUCUACAGGCUUCGUAGAAAACGCUCAGCUGUUAGAACCACUGGGUCAGCGUCCAGUGGCACAGUUCUGGCUUCAAUCAAUAUUCCAUAUAGCACGAUGAACAUCCGAUGCCGUUCUUCACAACUUAACUCCAAAGAUGCUUGAACUCCACUACUUACGAAUUCGCACUAAACUUCAUGAAUAACUUGAAAUAUUAUGCUUCAAGAGGGAAAUUAGUGGGUAAAGUAGCAAAAUAUCCUCAUAUUGAAGAUUAUCGUGAAUGUAUCCGUGAUAUGGAUGAAAAGCAAGCAAUAACAAUGCGCUAUAUUAUCAUGGAAAUUCGUAAUCAUUAUGCCACUUUACAUGAUAUCAUCAUCAAAAAUCUGGAUCGUAUAAAAAUGCCUCGUUCUAAUAAUGCAAUCAAUAUGUACUGAUUAACGGAAUCCUUAUUUAGUUCUGUGCUUGUCCACACUGAGAUUUUGAUUGUAUGUAAAUACAUACGUAUUGUUUCCAAA